AUGCCAAAGGAAAUUAUGCAGAGAACCGCUACCUUUCCAAAAUUUGAAGACGAGGAAGACAGGGUCGUGAGCGAUCAUCUCGAGAAGAAAGGACAAGUGUUCUCGUUGACAAACGAAGUUCUGAUCUCGAGCAUAAUCGACUUCGAUGAAAAUGGGGCCGACGACAGGAAAAAGGACGGGGUCGAAGAUCCGUCGAAACAAGAGAGCUUGGUGUCUCUGAUCGCCGAACUUAGCUUGGAAGAAGAUGCCGAAGACGAACGCCCGGAACGAAAAGAAGAAGAAGAAGGAGUUUGUGCGCCCGUCGAAAGCUAUACGAACAAGGUACGCGUCGGCGGCGACGACGACGACGACGAGAAAUCUCGCGGAGAUCUAUUGAGGGAACUUACCGAUCUCAAUGACGAGAUGUCGUGCAAGGUGUGCAUGGAUCGCGAUUCGAACGUCCUCCUGACUCCGUGCAACCAUCUAGUCUGCUGUGACUCGUGUUCCGUCAGGUUAGCGUCGUGUCCGAUCUGUCGUACAAAAGUCGGUGAAGUCGUCAAAGUUUAG